AUGAGCACUUCCGGCAACGUUAAUCCUUUCCAAUGGUUGCCGACCGAGCUAAUAUACUGCAUUUUCGACUAUUUGGACUUGGACUCACUGAAAGCGUUUGGCCUAACCUGUCACCGCAUGGAAAGUAUCUUUUCGAACUAUAGCCGUUCUCGCUUUAUGUUGCUUAUCGGAGAUGAUUUAAACCUGCUUCCUGUGAGCCGUUCCCGCCCUCCGUACUUCAUGGCAGCCGCAGCGAGAAUGAUAAAGCAUUCAAAGCGCUACUUCCAGAAUUUGUAUCUUUCUGUGUAUAUGACGCGGAUCGACGGUGAUGUUGCGAGUAUGAAUUGUGUGCUCAAUAAGGUGUUAGAACCCGAGUGGUUGCAACAGUUGGUCGUACUGAAACUCGCAAUGGGCAACGGUUCAGAUUGGUACGCGCGACAGUUAACAGCUGCGGUGACUAAAAUGGAUCGUCUGCAGGAACUACAAUUUAUUCAAUCUCAUUUUGUAACAGAGAUGAGCCUAUCUGAGGUAUUGAACAUAGAAAGUAACACUGUUCAGCGGAUGGUUCUAGAAACAUUGGUGCCAAGAGCGAUUAACUGUCCAAAGCUUCGCAAGCUUGACGUCGCAGCUCAUCUUGAUGCACAGGUGCAUUUUGGCAAACAGUAUGCCCAGUACGGUGACACAGAACCGUUUUGGAAGCUGAAGCAGUUGGAGGAAUUCACAAUUAUCAAGCCAAUUGUGCCCUGCUCUUAUACCCAACAUCGUCCGGGGUACGAGUUCAUAUUCUAUAAACAUUUGACGCAGUUGAAAAAGCUUCACAUAUACGAAACCGCCGUAUCGGAAAAGAUCCUUCAGUGUAUAUGUGAAUCAUGCGUGCAACUAGAGGAUCUAUUUAUUUAUACAUUGCAGGCAAUCGACUCGGAUUCCUUAAGAUACCUAUCAAACCUGCAGCAUUUGCGACGGUUGGCGAUUUGGUUCACCAUGACACCACAACCAGUUUCGUUCGCUUCCGUUAAGCUUCCCAAGCUAGAGCAGCUUACGUUAGGCAAUUUGGAAGUAGUAUGGAAAUCAUUAAACAAGUUUCAAUCGAUCAAAUCACUCAAUAUAACACCUACUACAGACGAUGAAUUAUACAACGCUAUAGCCACCGCCAGACGCAUGAUAAAGCUUCAAUUUUUGUGGCUAGAUUUCCGUUGCAUUGGAAAUCCAAUAUCAACUCUUCCAGUCCUGAAAGAACUAUCACAAUUGAAGACGCUUAUCCUGGAGAAUCUGGAUGUGCGAUUGAUAAAUCCAACCUACAUGCUACCAUUGCCUCAACUAACUCGUCUAGUGCUGCCCAAAUGUCCAGGGAAUCAAGAUUUACUGCUUGAUGCUAGGCUGUUUCCUAACGUAAAAAAGAUUGAGCUGAAAGUCCCGGAAUGUUUUUCAUGUGAUUUUAAACGUAGAUACUAUAAGUAA